AUGGCCCAGCCACUUCGCCACCUCUGCAUCUGCCUCCAGAUUCUAGGUUUCAGUACCAGCCUGCCUGUGUCCCAGACUCCAGAGGGUGUUUCAGCCCAGCCCAAGAGCCAAGCAGCAAUCCUCUGCCCGCUGCAGGUGGAGCAGGCAGGGCUGUACUGGUACCGCUGGAGCCAGCAGAGGCAACGCUUCCAGUUCCUGCUCUUUGCCAGCCCCCUGGGCACAGCCACCUACGGUGCAAACAUCAGCCAGGACAAGUUUAGUGUCCGUGGGGCAAGCUCCUACAGCUUGCACAUCAGUGACCUCCACUCUUCAGACGCUGGCACCUACUACUGCUCCAUCUCCCAGUCCUCCCAGCUCCUCCUGGGCAGUGGGACACGGCUUACUGUGGUUGAUGCCCUGCCUGUGCCUCCAAAGACCACUCCAGCACCACCCUCCAGGAAGAAGCCCACACAGUGUGUGACCAAGAGCAAAGCCACCGACAGGAAAGGUGCCUGCAGCCCACUGGUCUGGGUCCCACUGGCCUCUGGCAUCGUGAUCCUCCUGCUGAGCCUGGUCCCUGCGGCUCACCGCCUGCACCGGCUGCGGCGGAGGCUGUGGCUUCGCAUCCACAGGCAGUGA